GGCGCAUAUUCAUAUUUAGAUAAGAUUAUUUUUACAUAACCAUAGUUUUGGCUCUAUUUAGCCAACAUCACACUAAUUAAAACGUCUAGCUAACGUAAUUCACGUAUUCCUGCUAGAGAAAUGAAACUUCAUAAUACACAAAAAUGCCAGACCUACGACGUAAACGCUAGAGGUGACGUCAUGCUAACCUUGUACGUGUCGUCACUGUUACUCCUAGGACACGUGUGUGUGACUCAGGCCCGGCCAGGCUCGAGCAACUGUACCAUGUGGGUUGAAUGGACACAGUGCACCGGGUUCCCAGGCACACGUGAGCGAUACCGUUCGUGUGUACAUGAAGUCCUUGAAAUAGCUCACGAAGAACCUUCGUCGCAUAGUCACUCAAAUGACAACGACAUUCCGUGGUGUGAAGGAGAGGAACGUGAGGUCGUACACUGUUUUGAAUCACGUCCAAGUAGAGUUUACGAAGUAAAUUGAAAUAAGAAUGA